UAUUUGUAUCUGUAAUAGAAGAAAUAGGAGUUAAUAAUAACGUACAAAUUUUAAUAUACAAAUCUUGGAGCUCUUGAGGUCAAAUACAACGUUAUAUUUUUUGUAAUCACAAAUCUGGAACAUUGUUUUCUUGUGAUCAAAAUGUAGUGUAAAUAAUGAAUUAUUAUAAGUACAUUGUAAUCACUAAAAAUGUCGAAUUAUGGCCUGUCAAAUGGUCAUCGGUAUGUAAUUAUUGUACCACAAGUUCCCGCGUAAAAUUUAUUUACACGACAAGAGAUCCAAUACUUAAGUCUUAUAAAAACUAUACAUUAUACUAUCAAGGAUGAAAUUCAGGUGUAGAAUGAUGGACGUAAUUGCAAUGAGAGAUUUCACCAAAUUUUAUUUCAGAUAUCGUUAAUGUUAUCGCUCGAAUAACAAAACAGUGUACCUUGCGGUUAACGUUGGAUGAAUUAUGCUUCAGUGUCACUGAUGACCGAGCAUCGAUGGUUUGGGCUGAACUAAGUCAGACUCAUUUUUUUACUGAAUACAUUAUGAAUGGCGUCUCUGAAGAACAGAAUGAGAUUUAUUUAGAAUUUGAUCCCACAUUGCUUGCCAGAUCCCUAGGAUCUUUACGAAUGACCGCAAAAAGCGUUAAAAUCAAAUUAACGAAUAAGCGACAACCGUGUCUCACUAUAGAAAUUGAGUUACCUUCAUUAAGCAUGGAAUCAAGACAAUGCUUGCACGAUGUACCUGUCAGAGUUAUACCACGACGCGAAUGGACCGAGCAUCAAGCACCAAAUAUUCCUGAAUUUCAUAUUUCGGUCGAUAUGCCUCAACUUAAACACGUAAAACAUAUUGUAGAAAGGAUGAAAAACAUGAGUCCACAAUUAACGUUAAGCGCCGACAAAACCGGCGUGUUUGUAUUGAAAAUCGACACGGACAGCGCCACAGUGUCUACACAUUUCCAAAAGUUGCAAGUUUGGAAUUGUAGUCAACAAAGUCAAGAAGACAAAAUAUCAGCUACUAUAGAUAUUAAGAAGUUUUUCAUGUUCCUAGCUUGGGACAUAACACAUCCCGAUGGCGUGAAAUGUAACAUACUGCAAGACAAGAUGGUUAACUUAUUUCUGCAUGUAGCAGAUUAUGUUAAAAUACAGUAUUUCUUACCCUCGGUAUCUAUUUGAAUCGCAUUAAUUUUAACAAACUGUUUUCAUACAAUAUAAAUUCUUUAUUUUUUAUA